GGUAAUUUUGCAGAGAAAACUCUACAUAAGUGAGGAGGGAUAAUUAUCCCUUAGUUCUCCAAGGAGUUUCUUCCAUAUCCUCCAAAUAUGGAAAUCUUCUACUUGUACCUUCCACUUUUCCUAGCUCUGUACAUGAUCACCAAGCAUUUCCUCGGCAAAAUUCGAAAUCUCCCGCCCACCCCAAUCCUCAAUUUCCCGGUUCUCGGUCACCUUUACCUUCUCAAGAAACCCAUUCUAAGAAGCCUAGCCCACAUCUCCGACCGUUACGGCCCGGUUCUCCUCCUCGAUUUCGGCUCCCGUCCGGUCCUCCUGAUUUCCUCCCCUUCCGCGGUGGAGGAAUGUCUUGGCAAACACGACGUGAAUUUCGCGAACCGGCCGGAUUUGCUGGCGGGGAAAUACCUCGGUUACGAUUACACGUCGAUAGUGUGGUUACCGUACGGGGAACGGUGGAGGAACCUGAGGAAGAUAUCUUCUUUGGAGCUUCUUUCUUCCCGCAGGCUUCAAAUGCUUCAAGGGAUACGCGCCGACGAAGUAAGGAUGAUGCUGAGAAGGUUUUAUUUGGCCUCGCGCGCGAAUAGAAGCGUGGAAGCCAACACCGUGUUUUUCGAGAUGAUGUUGAACGUUAUGAUGAGGAUGAUUUCCGGGAAAAGGUAUUACGGUGAAGUCGUCGAAGAGGAGCAGGUGAAGAGAUUCCGGGAGAUUAUGGAGGAGACAAUCAGGAUCGCCGGGGCAUCGAACCUGGCGGACUUUUUGCCGGUUUUGAGGAGGUUGAAAUUGGAUAAACUGGAUAGUAGAUUGAGGGCUCUUCGAGAAAUGAGAGAUGGAUUUAUGCAAGAUUUGAUCGAAGAAGUUAAGAUCAAAAGUCAUGAGAUGAGUACCGGUGAUGAUGCCAAGAACAACGGCCGGGAAAAGCAGCGGAAUUUCAUUGAGGUAAUGUUGGCUUUGCAAGAGGAAGAGCCCCAACUUUACACCGAUGAAAUCAUCAAAAGCCUCAUGUUGGCUUUAUUAGGUGCAGGUACAGAUUCUUCAGCUGGAGCAAUGGAGUGGGCAUUGUCACUGUUACUAAACAAUCCAUCAUAUUUGAAGAGAGCCCGGGAAGAAAUCGAUAACGUGGUAGGAAAAACCGUUUCGUGGAUGAAUCGGAUGUGAUUAAUCUACCUUUUCUACGUUGCAUAGUGCACGAAACCCUGAGGAUGUAUCCGGUAACCCCACUGUUUCCCCACCAAUCCUCACAGGAAUGUGUGGUAGGAGGUUACCGGGUACCCCAAGGAACGAUGUUGAUCGUGAAUCUGUGGGCGAUCCAGAAUGAUCCCAAGAUUUGGGCGGAUCCGAGAAAGUUCAAACCCGAAAGGUUUGAAGGCAUUAAUGAAGUUUCAAAAGAUUAUGGUUACAAAUGGAUGCCUUUUGGUUCUGGAAGGAGGGGUUGCCCGGCUGAAGGUUUGGCAAUGCGUAUGGUUGGAUUUGCAUUGGGUUCAAUCAUCCAAUGCUUUGAUUGGGAGAGAGUUGGGAAGGAAAUGGUUGAUAUGACGGAGGAUUUGGGAUUGGCAUUGUUCAAAGUUCAACCUUUGAUCGCGAAUUGCCGACCCCGACUUGAAAUGAUGCAUCUCCUUGAGCAAAUCUGAUUAAUAAGUGAGAUGGAAAUUUGUACAAUUGAAUAAGCGAUACUACUUGUACCAAAAGAGCGGAAAAAAAAAAAUAAGCGAUACGAUAUGUUUGUUUUGUUUUUUAUUUUUUGUAAUGAUUUUUAAUUAUGUUAUUUCGAGAGCAAUGAUAGAUACAUUGACAAAU